AAAACAAUUCGUUGUUGAAAAUAUGCAGUUACUAGAGCGGGGUUAGUUAGCGAUCGAAAAGGCGAUAUAUCUAGUUAUACGGACUUAAAGGUUUUAUUAAACAGUUUUAAAUGCGGCUAGCUUAAGCGUAAACAUUCUCUCUCGGACUUUUUGUUUUCAACAAGAAGAAACGAUGGACAUUAACUCUUAUUUUCAGGCCUUUGAGGUGAGUGUGCAGAGCUACACUGGAGAUGACCCUCUGGAUCCUUGGGAUAAGUUUGUGCAGUUUCUCGAUAGCAAGCUGUCCCUGGAAGAGACCAAGGGUUUAUCUGUGGUGCUGGAGCGUCUCGUGCAGACCUUCCUUCAAGAUGAGCGAUACCACAACGACUCGCGAUACGUCACUCACUGCGUCAGAUGUGCCAAUUUCUACAGCGAUCCCAUCGAGGUGUACAGCUAUCUGCACGGCCGGGGCGUAGGGACGCAGACGGCGGUGCUGUAUGUAGACUGGGCCCAUCAGUUUGAGAAGAAAGGCCAGCUGUCCCAGGCUGAGAUGGUGUACCAGAGAGCUCUGGAGAACAAGGCUCACCCACAGGACAGUGUGGUGCAGCAGUACAGGCUCUUCCAGGACCGGAUGAAUGCUCAGACAGCAGCAUCAGAUCAUGUGCGGCAGCCUCUCCAGAACUCACAGCUGGUGAAUCAGAACCCCAGACAGAGAGAAGCUGUUCAAGCACAGUGCAAGGAUCCGGAAGCGCCCUCUCCUGCUCCUAGAAUGGUGCGAAUAAUCUCGCGCUCGGAGAAUAACCCGGUCCGGACGGGCGGCAGUAACGGCGUGGAGUGUGUGUCCAUGUACUGUGUGAAUGAGCUGCAGUGUGAGGGAUCGGAGCUGUCAUUUGAGGAGCUCAGAGCCAGACGCUACUUUGCUAAAUGUAAACAACAGGAAGAACAGCGGCGACUGGCUGAGGAGCAGCGCAGGCUUUGGGAGGAGGAAGAGGAGGUGAGGAAGAUGAAGCAACUCUUGGAUGAUCUGGAGAAGAAAGCGAUUCUACAGCCAGCAGAGCAGGGAAAUCCAGCAACAGCUUCUUUUAUGGGAGCAGCGGUUGUAGCCCCUGAGCCAGCGUGGUCCUCCAGACCGCAAACAGGACUGAAGCUCCAGAUGGAGCACUCUGUAGGGGGCGCUGGGACACGGGAUAAUAGUGUGGCUGAAACGAGCCAUCCAGCUCCGUUACCCAGUGCAGCCUGCGGUACCCGACUCGAGAGUGUGCUAGGACAGACACAUCACAGCACAUCCCUGGUCCAGAGCAGCAGCUGCGCUGUCCCCGACAACAGACAGCCUGACGCGUGUGAUCAGGGUGGUGCGGAUGUGAACGCAGACACGUCAUGUGGCGUGUUCAAUCACUCUCACGUCACUCCAAACACAUCUCUGAGUUUCGCUCACGCCACACCAUCCCGUGCUCUUCCUUCCCCCACUGUCAACACGCGUGAGGCUUUGGGUGUGAUCAUGGACAUGUUUCAGGCGCCCACCCUCCUCCAGGAGUCCAUGUUCAACAACACCGUUCAGCCGGAGGACAGUUUUGAGAAGAGCUGCAGAAUCAGUAGCGCCCCCUCAUGUGGUCAAGCUCCCAGCACGACUCCAUUCAUGAUUUACCAGGACAGAAAUGAGCAGGAGAACGGAGGUUUUGGUCAGGACAGAAGCAAACCUCCAGUGACCCGAGCGCUGAUGGAGAUCCCCGUGUCCAAAGCCAAUGACGCUCCGGUCAGCGCAGAGUCUGUGACCGAUGAGAGCACCUUGUGGGCAGCACGUAAUGUCUCGGUAGGCCCGUGUCCCAACCACACCCGUGACUUCGCCCUGUCCGCUCAUCUGGUGUCCACACCGCGCCACCCUCAUGCGCCGCACUCAUGGGACAUGGAGCAGGGCCAAGAGGAAAAUGCAGAGGUCAGAGCUGUCAGCAGUUCAGAGGAAAACCCAUACACGCGACAGCCCACGAAACUCAGUCCGAUCAUGGAGCAGAGUCCGUUGGAGGAGAAGCCGUCAGAGCUGGCGGAGUGCAGCAUGCGCGCUCAGGGCACUAUCGUCGGGGAAGGGGUGUCGUUAGCUGGUGUCGUUUCCCUGGCCCAACAAAGCCAAACCUCCUGCAGCAGCAGCAGACAUCCGCUGGCCGCCCUGUCCUUCCCCGACCACACGGCCCUGAGGACGCACGAGGAGUCCAUGAGGAGCAGCACCAGACCGAGCUGGAGCAUUUAUCAGAGCCCAGAGAAAGAGCCCACACUGCCCGCUCCAGCGCAUCAAGAAACGGUUGAUGUUCUCCUGCCGAAGAGGUCCUUUCACAGGCGCAAGUCUGGGAAAAAGCCAUUGGAGGAGAACCAGGAUGUCCUCAUGAGUCCGACAGCCGACCCGGGAGCGAACUGGUUCCAGAUGAACAGCUCGACACACGCGGUAGAACCAGAUCUCAAUGUCAUGAAGAGUCCUCCUGUCGUCUCUGGCGUCACCCAGCCCGCCUGGACCAUCUACCAGAGCCCUGAGAAAGCUCCUGAAACAGACUUCCUGUGGGUGACGAUCUCAGAGCCGGCGGCGGAGCAGGAUUUAGGCGUGCUCUCGGGGCUGGAGGAAGUAGAUGUUCUGCUUCCCAAAAAAUCGUUCCAGCGCCGCAAAUCGGGGACAAAAGCGCUGCAGGCGUUGCAUGAAUCUCUCCUAAUGAGUCCAAAGCAAGCCCCUAAACCGGCUCAGGAGGAGCCCAUGAGUCCAGACCCGGCUCCAGCUCACCAGGACUGGUUUUGCGCUGACAGCCCCAAGCGGCUGACCGAACCGGAUUUGGAUGUGAUGGCCAGCCCACCGCAGAGCUCCAGGACACUGAACGCUCCCAUGAGCCCCAUGGACACAUCCAGAGCAGUUUGUGCUCAGCCGCUGUCAGACCCCUGGGAUGAGGAGCUGCUCGUGUCUCUGCUCUCCAGCCUGCAGCCUCCUCUCUCCUCCCACCCCAACCUCACCGUCUGGAGCUGCCGCCUGCCCACCAUCACGCCCAAAAUGACCGUCCAGAUCGCUGGAGAGUCUCUGCGAGUGGACUUUGUUCUGGGACAAGGAGCGUUUGCCACGGUGUACCAGGCCACCAACCUCAUGAGCUCACAGAAACUCUUCCUGAAGGUGCAGAAGCCAGCGAACCCAUGGGAGUUUUACAUCGACAGCCAGCUGAACGCCCGUCUGCAGCCCGGUGUGCGGCACCUCUUCAACACCAUAUACUCCGGCCACCUCUUCACCAACGGCAGCGUCCUGAUCGGAGAGCUGCACAACUGUGGCACGCUACUGAGCGCUAUAAACCUUUACAAGAGCCGCAGUGAGAAGGUGAUGCCGCAGCCUCUGGUGCUGUACUUCACCGUCUGCAUCCUGCACAUGGUCGAGCAGCUGCAUCAGGCCAAAAUUAUACAUGCCGACAUUAAGCCCGACAACUUCCUUUUGGGAGAGAGGUUUCUGGAGAAUGACUGCUUUGAGCAGGAUCAUCUGGAGCACGGCCUGGCUCUGAUUGAUCUUGGGCAGAGCAUCGAUAUGACGCUCUUCCCAGAAGACACUGCUUUCACUGCCAAAUGCAUGACGUCAGGCUUCCAGUGUGUGGAGAUGCUGAGCGGCCGACCCUGGACCUACCAGACUGAUUAUUUCGGCAUUGCGGGGACGGUCUACUGUAUGAUGUUUGGGACGUACAUGCAGGUUAAACAGGAAGGUGGCAUUUGGAGAACAAAUGGAGUUUUCAAAAGGAACGUUCACGCUGAUCUCUGGCAAGAUUUCUUCCACACGCUGCUGAACGUGCCGGACUGCAGCUCUUUGCCGUGUCUGAGAAGUCUACGCCUGCGACUCGACGCCGUCCUGCAGGAGAAUUACAGCAGCAAACUGCGCAGUCUGAAAAACAGACUGGUGGUGCAGAUCCUGGAGGCGCGCUCCUCACGCAGAUGAUUCUCCUGCUAGCUUUGGUUUGAACGCAGAGGCUUCAUUUGACUGCAUUCAAACAUUGUCACUUUUCUGUAGGUGAGAUGCUGUGUGUGCAGUAUGAUACAGACUGCUUUGUGUUUUUCAUUUUCUACUUUUAAAGAUUUUAAAUUGUAAAAAAAAGAAAAGUCAAUGAAGCCUUUUGUAGAUUUCAAUAAAUCUUGGUU